AUGAAGAAACUCAACUCCCAAAUGAUCACUCUCAUUCUCUUCACCACUCUCCUCACCUCUCCCUCCUCGCAGUUGUACCCGACGAUUCACGACGUUCUCGUAUCAAACGGUCUCCCGGCGGGACUCUUGCCGCAAGAGGUUGAUUCUUACUCUCUUUACGACGAUGGUCGUCUCGAGGUUUACCUCGACGCGCCGUGUCUCGCCAAAUUCGAGACUAGAGUGAUGUUCAAAUACACUGACUCCGUCGUGAGAGCGAACCUUAGCUACGGGAGCCUCACCGGAGUAGAAGGAUUGACGCAGGCAGAUCUCUUUAUGUGGCUUCCGGUGAAAGACAUCACCGUCGAGAAUCCUAAUAUCGGCGUCAUCACAAUUGAUAUCGGAUACGCUUUGAAACAGCUUUCUCGCUCUGUCUUUGAAGAACCUCCCAAGUGCACACCUCAAGGCGAUGUGACGAAAUUGAUGAAAAGGGAUGGAGGAUUUGAAGCUCUGAAGAUGAAAGGUCAGGAAGAAGGGUGGAAACGAAUGUUCUUCUGA